AACAUCCGUGAGACCUGUGGUUAUCAGUCUUGAUGGAAAUCAGCAUAUAUCCAUUCGUGAAAGACGGUGCAUGGUCAGAACACUUGUGUCACACCUGAUGGAUCAAUAUGGAGAAAACCCAUCUUCAGACACUAAAGCAAUUCUGGCAUCUUCAAUUGUGGACCAGUUUCCAUGUUUAAGAGACAGCCAUGGCACAGGAUAUGACGCCUGGUUUACCUGCGGAAGACAACACAGGCCAGCAACUGGCUUUCUGGAGGAGCGUCUCCGUAAUGUAAGGAAAAGGCAUCAACCAAGGAAGAAGAUGCUUUCAGCCCCAGAAGCUCCACCAAAAAGAUUAAGUUUGCCUGAACCAACCAUCAGUGCUGAGCGUGCCAUCCAGAUGACAGAAUGGCUAAAAAAUAACUUCUGGCCCGCAGACCAGAUUUUGCAGGACUUUGCCGUUUUAUAUCCACAGUCUUGUGGAAAACUGACAGAGAACUGGAACACCUUGUUCUCAUCAAAGGUCAUUCGCAUGGGGAAGAAGGAGGAGAGCGGUCUUCUGCCUGAGAUUGAGUUGCUUCCACAAGACAAACAAGGUGACGUGGCACUGCAGCUGCUGCCAAAACUCCUCCCUGCUGUUCCCUACAGAGUUGGGCGAAAGGUGGUCAGACCCAGCAACCUUGAAGUCCAGCAAGCCUUCAUUGAUGUCCAGCCAAUUGGGACAAAUAUGAUGGAAUAUCUUGGAACAGCAACAGAGCAUCCACGUGUUCUCAUGCUUGGGGACAGGUAUUGUUGUUCCCAAGCAUUUGUCGUCAUAAAUGGAACUGCUUUGGAAUAUCCAUCUCUUUUGGGGGCUGUUGACGGCUGUUUCAAAUUGUUCUUCGUUUUUGAUGUGAGUUAUCCGAAGUCGUGUAUCCAGAUUUGGGAUUUUCUCCAAACUGUGAUAUAUGAAAUCCCAGGAAACGAGUCACCCCCGAUAAAAUUAAUGAGGGCACAGUUGGAGGCCAUGGAAGAAUAA